AUGUCACUUGAGUCACUCCCUCUGAGUAUUCCUCGUGGUACAAAGGUAUUCAAAGAUGACUGUAUGUACUCUUUUGAUACCGCUGAAAAUAACCCUAAUGGAUUAGAUGUUUGCUUGUCUUGUUUCCAGGCAUUCUCGAGAGGCCAUGUAAAUUACACUCAGCAGCAUAGGCACACAAGAGGUCACACAUACUAUUUAAAUAUCAUUAAGUCAUUGAAACCAAAGGAAGAAGAAGAUUCAAUUGUAGAAGACACCGAAGACAGUAACACCGGAGGCCCUACCAAGAUCCAGAAGCUAGAGGUUAAAGAUAUCAGGGAUGAGGACAUUUACGAUUUUAAGUAUUCUGUAUAUAAUGUGGACGACGAUAGUUCGAUUGACUUGGAGCAAGCUCCUGCCAACGUUCAAUCUUUGAUCCUGGAAAUUAUAAAGAGUAAUUCUUCAUCUAAAGAAGAUGAAAUUAAAACAUGGGAGCAGGAAAUAUUCCCCUGUGAACAUACUUUGUUGUUGGCAAAGCCUGAACCUCGAGAUGUGGAUUUGUCUCACUGUGGGCAAUGUGAUUUGAAGGAAAAUCUCUGGAUUUGCUUACACUGUGGAUCAAUUGGUUGCGGUAGACAGCAAUUUGGGUCUACUUUAAAAGGCAAUGGUCAUGGAUUGGCUCAUUUCGAGCAAAAUCCUGACCACUGCGUAGCUAUCAAAUUGGGAUCAUUGGAUUUAGAUAACUACGAUUGCUAUUGCUACAAAUGUAACGAUGAAGUUAAAGUACCAGGCUUGGUAGAUAUUUUACUCCUGUAUGGAAUAGACUUGAGUACAUUGGUUAAAACGGAAAGAAAUCUAAUUGAAUUGAACUUAGAUCAAAAUCUAAAUUGGGAUUUUAAACUUGACGGUGCAAAUGGGGAAAAGUUAGAGUCAGUAUUUGGUCCAGAUUUAACAGGCUUUCAAAAUUUAGGAAAUUCAUGCUAUUUAAACUCAACCAUUCAAGCUUUGUUUAGUCUUGACCAUUAUAAAGAAUUCUUUGCAAAUCAAGACUUCCCUGAUACUUCAAAGCCAUACGAAGAUCUCUUGACUCAAUUGAUUAAGAUAUAUGAUGGGCUCAGUUCUGGUAGAUAUUCAGUCCCCAGUCAUCGUAAAGAUUCUUCAUUUCAAAUGGGAUUGAGACCUUCUACUUUUAAAACAUUGAUUGGAGAAAAUCAUGCUGAAUUUAAAACCCAGAGACAACAAGAUGCAUUUGAGUUUUUACUUUACUUUUUAGAGCAAACAUCCAAAAAAUUGGACUCAUCAUUAAACAAGCCGUUUAACUUCUUGUUGGAGAACAAAAUUAAAUGUUUAGAGUGUAACAAUGUCAAGUUAGAUACUGAAAUAGUGGAUAAUAUGUCUGUCCCAGUUAAUGACGUUGUACUCAGUGUUGACGAAGAGACCAAAACUAAAACAUAUAAGGAAGUUACUUUUGGGGAGUCAUUUAGCGAUUAUUGUUCGCCUGAACUACUUGAAGGAUACAAAUGUCCUAAUUGUCGAUCAGAAGAUAUUGUCAAGUCUAUUGGCUUUAAGAGUUUCCCAGAUACUUUGAUUGUUAAUACAAAAAGAAUUAAGUUGGAAAACUGGGUUCCUGUGAAAAUUGAUGUUCCAAUUACUAUUCCUUACGAGCUUGACUUGACCAAUUUCCAGGGCCUGGGAUUAGAAGAUGGGGAAAUCUUAUUACCUGAGGAGACCGAAGAUAAGGAAGGUAAAUUUGUACCAAAUCAAUCUGCAUUAGAUACACUUCUUGGUAUGGGAUUCCUGGAACCUGGAUCAACGAGGGCUCUUUUUAACACUGGAAAUUCCAAUGCCGAAGAUGCAAUGAACUGGUUAUUUUUGCAUUUGGAAGAUCCUGACCUCAAUGAUCCAUUUGUUGCACCAAGCGUAGUAGAUCAACCUGGUGGACGAACUUCUAAUCCACCACAAGAAGCUAUUGAUAACCUUUCAAUGAUGGGAUUCUCAUCUACGUUGGCAAAGAAAGCACUUAUACUUAAUUCCAAUGAUCCCAAUGCUGCUGUAGAGUGGCUAUUUAAUAAUCCGGAAGAUGAUGGAAUAAUUGAAAGUGAAACUACCGCCACACUGGAGUCACCGGCAUCUACGAAAGACAAGAUCACUGAGCUUGAAAAUAAACCUAAAAACCCGAAGUACACUUUAAAAGCAGUUGUAUGUCACAAGGGUUCAUCUCCACAUACAGGACAUUACGUUGCCUUCGUUAAGAAGAUAAUAGAAGGGGAAGAAAAGUGGGUUUUGUUUAACGACGAAAAGGUGGUUGAUUCAGCGGGUGAUCUCAGUGAUGCGGUUACGAAUGGAUACGUUUACAUAUUUGAAAAUGAGGUCAAAUAG